AACUCCCUUUCACUAGGAAAUUGAAUCGGACAACACCACUGUUUUAUUUUAUUCGUCUAAUCCAACGCUUCCCAUUACUCCAUUUUCUCAAAUCUAAAUCUCCACCUUCAGAUUAGAUCACUCUUACUGCACAUAUCCUCUUCUCUUUACCCUUUCAGAUCUAGCCAACCACACAAAAACAAGCCCAAAAGUUCCUCUCUCUGCUUCUCGUUCUCUGAAAUUUCAAAAAAAUCAAAAUUUUUGGGCUUGAAAGUUAAUCUUUACUGUCAUCCAAAACAGCCAAAUGGUGGAAGCGCAGACAUGGACCACAAGAAGAAUGAGCAAUCCAAGGUUGGACUCAACGGCUACCGCCGACCACGAAGUUUUGGAUAUUCCAGUGACUCCAACGGCUGAUGUCAGGAACAGCAUCUACAACGUUGGAUCCCAUCUCUCUCCUAACCUUUUAACGGCGCUGAUCAUUGCUUCGUGGUUCAUGUCCAACAUCGGAGUCCUCAUACUUAACAAGUAUCUCUUAAGCUUCUAUGGCUACCGUUACCCGAUCUUCCUCACCAUGCUUCACAUGAUCUCCUGUGCUUGUUACAGUUACGCAGCCAUAAACUUUCUGGAAAUAGUUCCAAGGCAACACAUUUUAUCGAGGAAGCAGUUCCUCAAGAUCUUUGCUUUGAGUGUCAUUUUUUGUUUCUCCGUCGUGUGUGGGAACACUUCUUUGAGGUACAUUCCGGUAUCGUUUAACCAAGCUAUUGGCGCCACGACACCUUUCUUCACCGCCAUUUUCGCUUUCUUAAUCACUUGCAAGAAGGAAUCCGGUGAGGUUUAUUUCGCGCUUUUGCCUGUGGUGUUUGGAAUUGUUUUGGCUAGUAACAGUGAGCCCUUGUUUAACCUCUUUGGCUUCUUGGUUUGCAUCGGUUCCACUGCUGGCCGUGCUUUGAAAUCUGUCGUUCAAGGAAUCUUAUUAACCAGUGAAGCUGAAAAGUUACAUUCCAUGAACUUAUUGUUGUACAUGGCACCUAUGGCAGCCAUGAUUUUGUUACCAUUCACUCUAUACAUCGAAGGGAACGUUGCGAGAAUCACAUUAGAGAAAGCUAGGAGUGAUUCUUUCAUUGUUUUCUUGUUGCUUGGGAAUGCUACGGUGGCCUAUUUGGUGAAUUUGGCAAAUUUCUUGGUCACCAAACAUACAAGUGCACUUACAUUGCAGGUGCUGGGCAAUGCCAAAGCUGCUCUAGCAGCAUUCGUGUCGGUUAUGAUCUUCAGGAAUCCGGUGACCGUGAUGGGGAUGACUGGAUUCGCUGUUACAGUAAUGGGAGUGGUGCUUUACAGUGAGGCAAAGAAGAGAUCAAAGUUGCAACUCACAACGCAUUGAUAAGAUUAAAAGAAAAAAAAAAAGAUAAGAUUGGAUGGGAUGGGAUUCAUUUUGAUUGUCACAAUUUUUUUUCCUCUUUUUUAUUAUUCACUACAAUUCCUUGCUUUUAAUUUUUGUUAAACUUUUGAUUAGAUUUAAUGGAGGGAAAUAAUCAAAGAAGAGAAUUUGGAUAAGAAAGAAAACUGUGAUUGGAUUGUAUAGGAACGAUCGAGGGAAAAAGGGUUAAAUGCUCUUUGUUUUCAUUUUAUUUUCCCUUUUUGUUUUUGGGGUGGUUUAAGAGAAUAAAAUUCUCUCUUCCACUUUUCCCCUGUUUGUAAUUUUAUAUAAUAUGCUUCUGCUGCUUUAA